GGGUGUCAGCUCUGCAAGACAAAUACAUUUUGCCACAAUGUUUAGAAGACUGUUUGCUUUGUUUCUUCUUACUACAACAUAUUUAACUCAAGCUAAUGAGGUCCCUCAUCAGGUCCCUUUGAAAGUGGUUGAAGUUGGCGAAAAUGUUACUCUUCAUUGUCCAGUUUCGACAAAGGAAGGCAAAUUCUUCUACUGGUACAAGCAGACACCUGGAUAUAUGCUCCAGACAGUUGCUGCAGCAGCUUUAUCAGAUCCUAAACUAAGUGAGCAAUUUGACAACAGUCGCUUUUCAUUAACAAAGGGGGAUUCUCAGUUUUCUCUUACUAUCAGAAAUAUCAGUAAAAAGGAUGAAGCGACUUAUUUAUGUCAAAAUGGGACCGCUUAUUUUCAGACUUUUUCGACAGGGAUGUAUUUGGCCGUAAACGAUUGUAAAAGAAAAACACAGAUUCUUGUCAAACAAACUCCAGAGUCAACAUCAGUCCAGGAGGGUGACACAGUUAAUCUACAUUGUUCUCUUCUUACCAAGACUUCUGUAAACUCAUUGCAAUGUCCAUCUAAAUACAAUGUUUACUGGUUCAAAGCUGGAUCAGGAGAAUCCUACCCAAGCUUAAUUUACACUCCCAAGAACAGCAGUGAUGUUCAGCAAAGGAGCUGUGUCUACAAACUGUCUAAAACUAUACAGAGCUCCUCAGAUACUGGGAUACACUACUGCGCUGUGAUCACAUGUGGUAAAAUCCUGUUUGGAGAAGGAACUAAUGUACAAACAAGAGAACCUACAGAUCUUCUGAUAAUUGGCUUGAGCGUGAUGUUGGGUCUAUGUGUGAUCCUGAUUGCUGUUCUUUUGUUUGUUUACUGGUUCAAAGCUGGAUCAGGAGAAUCCUACCCAAGCUUAAUUUACACUCCCAAGAACAGCAGUGAUGUUCAGCAAAGGAGCUGUGUCUACAAACUGUCCAAAACUAUACAGAACUCCUCAGAUACUGGGAUAUACUACUGCGCUGUGAUCACAUGUGAGAAGAUCCUGUUUGGAGAAGGAACUAAAGUACAAAAAAAGUCACAAGUCGGUCCUGUUGUCCUUGCACUGGCUGUGCUGUUGACUUGUUGUGUGACUGCAAUUGUUGCUCUUAUUGUCUACAUCAACUGCACAGUUUUUGUAAAUUUCAAAGGGAAAAACAAAGGCCGAUCUGGACAAAAAGAGUCAUCAGUGAACCAGACAAGAGACCCAGGUGAAGAUGCAGAUGAAGCGAGUUAUGUAGCUCUAAAUUUCUCCGCAAUUAAGACAAAAGGCAAGAAGAGAAGAAUGGAAACACAACCAGAGUGCCUGUAUUCAGCUGUAAGAACAGGUCAGCCCACACGACAGGGAGUGUCUUAGAAGAGAACCUGUUUGUGUAAAACUGAAACACCAUGUUUCCAUGACCGACAAUAAAUUUAUGUUGUAAAAGGUGUUGCUGUUCUAAGGAUUAUCUAAUUUAAGGCAAACAUUUCUUAAAGGAUUUGAUGGUGGUAAAGAAAAAGUAUGUUUACAAUAAAGAUUUAGCAUCAAAACUGAUGCAUUUACACAAAGUAUAUGCUGGCAUACUUUUGGAUGAGUUGCUUUAUAUUGCACUAUGAAGUGACAGGGCAUGCGUCCAUCCAUCCAUCCAUCCAUCCAUCCAUCCAUCCAUCCAUCCAUCCAUCCAUCUUCUGUGCCCACCUGUCCUUGCAGGGUCAUGAGGGGGCAGAUAUCCAUCCCCAGCAUUGUGUGGGAUAUCAUUUUGAGCAGUAUCUUUUUUUUUUCAUAAUAAUAUUUUACAUGUAAAUGUGUGCGAGUAACUGUUUUAUAUAUAAAAUAAUCCUUUGUGUAU